UAUCCAGUAUGUACAAAAGCUAUAAACGAAACUAAACGUAUAGUGAGUGAGCGACCAGCUGGUUGUCGAGUCCGGAGUCACCGCUAGAGGGAUAGUGGGAGGGAAAAUCGUAAGAGAAGAACGGGGAAAGGACAGAGAGUGAGAAAAAGGAAGAGAACGAGGGAGAGAGAAAAGAAAUGGAAGGGAUAUUCGAGACUGUCGUGAAUUUUUUGACAGUGGUGGGGGGUUGAGAGAACCACAUGGUUCCCAAUACCGCUGCGCCGCUGCGAAAAACAUCGCAAUUUUCUCUAGCCAUUGGAGUGAAUAAUACACGAUUUACGCAGUUUACGGAAGAGUCGCUUUCCGUCGGCAGCGAGCUUCGUCGUCUUCGAUUAUUGUCACGUGGAAUCGCGUGAGCCUACGUCAGUGAUACGAAUAAAGCAGAAGAAAAAAACAACGUAUAGGAAAAAAAAACAAACGCUAGAGAAAGAAAGGCGAGCAGACAGAAGGGAAGCGGAAAAAGCGGACGGGCAAGGGAGAGUUUACAAAAAUAUAAAUUGAAAACGGGGCAAAGACGCUAAAAGGAAAAGUGUUGGUUCGUGACGGGAGAAUUCGUGAAUGUGUGCAAGUGCGUGUUUGUGCGCGGACGAAAUUAAACACGUUUGUGAGGAAACUCGAGAAGAGCGCUAGAGACGAAUAACACAAAGAAAUAAAAAGGGGGUGUUGGUGAUUUAGUGUGUGCGCGCGUGUGUGUGUUAUUUCGCGUUGUGCGCCGCGCGCGCGAGUUGUGUUUCAAGAGGCUCCCGCAGGAAGAGAGCGUGCACAUUAUUUUUCCUUGUUCUCUCAAAGUUCUCGGUUCGUGUAUAUCACUGCGAGUGUCGAGAACCCGAAAAGAAAAGGAAAACAUUGCUCGUAAGUCGUCGAGCUUUUAUAAUGCAAAGUGACACGGAAUUUUAACACGAAUCGAAAAACCCCGGCAAAUUAUUUUUCUUUGUUUUUCUCCCUCCCUCCCCCCCCCUCCCCCUUUAUUUUUAUAACGAUGGAUAAACUAUCAAAACUCGUACAUUAUUUACGUCGCUACAAUGAGGACGAGCUCCAACGGCGAAUAUCGGUUAAACCAUCGUCAUCGUACGACGACGACGACGACGAGCACGACGACGUAGCAAAGACUCCCGCUAAGGGAACAUGGUUCCGUGGUGUUAUUUCUGAAUGUGAUUUUCAAGCAUCCACUAGAAUUUUUAGUGUACUCGAGAGUAUACUACUUUGGGAUAAUACUGUCAACAGUAUUUCCGUCGUCGUUGUUUUUCAUAUCAUUUUCUGGGGUAUUGUUGUAUUGGAGGUCCGUGGAUUUGCGGCGGCCAGCAGUGCUGCGCUUUUCGCGGUUCUCGGUUACAGCACUCUCGAAGCUCAAAUUCAGAGAGACACCAAACCUCCAGAUACCUCGAUAUCACAACCUAAGGUCGAGCGGAUUAGCAAAAUCGUGCGAAAGGCCAGAUGCGGCCUUGAAGCUUUGAGACUUUUACGAAUAAAUCAACCAGGACUGUUUUGUGCAACAGUUUGUACUUUUUCAAUAGCCCUCUGGAUCGUAGGCAGUACAAUAAACGGUUUUCUCCUUACAUACAUAGUAUGUAUGACAGUUCUGAUCGGACCAGCUCUUAUUUUGAGAGUACCUUGCAAGAUUUUUUCACCGAAAGAGUUGUGCCACGAGUACUCGAUCGAAUGGGACAACGAGAUAGAAGAGUUUUUGCCAGCUGCAACAGAGGACAACCUCGAGGUGUUGCAACGGGCGGGUGAAACGGGAGAACACUCUCCGACGCCUCAUGGUGCAAUAACGGAAAACCAAAUUGAUCCUUUGAACGAGGACGAGCUCGUUGGACUUAAAAUGCCAUCUCACGAGGAUGGCAGCACGGACGGUUUGGACGUAUCCGAGCUGGAAUUGAGCACAGGAGACAACGACGUGGAUUCGAUUAAAAUGCAGAGCGAGCAUUUCGAGCCGGGCUCAUCGUCCGACGAGGAGGCAGAUCUUGAGCCGGUAUCGAGAAAAUUGCCGAGUCAUAGUGACGACGAGAGCGACAGCGAAUUUGAAAUAAUCGACAGUCGAGAAAUCGCUAAUUUGGAUGACGUCUGAGAAGACACGUGUAUAUUUAUCGUCCUCAAUUUUUAAUUUUACGUUGUGCCACCGUUGGCCCGACACAAAGUUUUAUCAUUGUACGUGUAGUUACACAGAAAUAAUGCGAAGAGACACACGAUAUAUCAACAAAUCACGAAUCCGGUGACGAGAUCAAUUUACUCGCGGUAAUAUUAUACUUUACAGAAAGCCUCAGGUUAAAUGGUCUAUUAAUAUCAAUAACGCUCAUUCAAAUUCGAGACCGGAUUUUGUGUCGAAAGAUCCAAUACGAUUUUUUAUUUUCUAAAUUGGUAUCCUGCACACUGAACGGUUGUUGGCGUACAAAAGGUCGCAGGUAAACUAAAAACGCAUAGGAGCAACAGCUUUGUGGAGCAUACAAUUUUGCACAGAAAUGUUCGUUGCAGCAUUAUUCCUAUUUCAGUAUUUUAAUCCUGAGAGCAGUUUGAUCGAACUAGCAAACGACAGGCCUGUCAAUGUAUUUGUCCCAAGACUCCUCAGAGUCUCUUUAUAUCGGGAAAAAUGCCAGUUCCACUUUCUUCUCUGUUGAAAAGAGAACAACGUGUAACUCGUAUUUGUCUUUGAAAUAUCAAGCCCUUUUGCUUAUCAACUCGCGUUCAGGGUUCAGGGUUGAAUUACUGAAAUGAUAACUGGAUCGUCAGGAACAUUUUUGUAAAAAAAUUCUACCCUCUACAAAAUUAGUUUCAACUUUUUGUGCCCUUUACUUGUAACAUCCUCAUCUGAAGUGAAUAAAUUGGUCAAUUGUAAUAAUUCAUAACUCAUCAGAGGUUGUCAGCCCAAAAAACGCUUUUUUGACUGAAAAAAAUCCAGUUUCGAGCUUAAUUUAUUAAAUAAUGACCAUUUAAACUAGAAUAUCUUGUAGGUUCUUAUAUAAAUAGUGGCAUAUCAAUUUCCUUUUGAUAUUGAAAACGAAAACGUCGUGUCUCGAGAUUUUAAAAGCCCAUUUAAGGAGAACGCGGAAUAGUAGUAACGCUGUCGAAACCCCUUCGAUCCGGCCAUGUAAAUAAUACAAUCAAAUGAACGAAGAGAAACGUUUGUAAAUCCAGUGCCACGCGUAAAAGAUUUUUCAUUCAUUCAAUGACGGGUUUCCUUUGCUAUUUUUAUGAUUACGAGUUCGUACACUCAUUUUUUUUUGUUUUAUUGAGAAUUUCUUCAACAGAACUGCGAAAGCAGGGGCCACUAUGAAUUCUUUUACGACUCUGAUAUCGUUACAUUUAUUUGUGAACACUUAUUAUUCAUCUGUUCUUCACAAUAUCAAUUAUUCGUGAGAUUCAUUUUCUACAAUUGACUUCACAGAGAAAACUGAUCAUUUGUAUAUUAUAAAAAGAGAAAGAGUUUAUUUUAUUUUAUUUUUUUUCCUCGUUUUUAUAUAUUUAGGGAGUGUUUUCGAUGAAUAUACGAGAAUCGCCAAAACCAAUAAUCGAUGGCAAAAGGAAAAAAACUUCUUCCAGAUACUGUUUCAAAUGCGCUUUUUGGUAGCUGUGUCAUUUUAGUUAUUAGUUUGAGCGUAAUGUUUGUUAAUCUUCGAUUAAAAUGAAUGCAAACAUUGUCAGUUGUUACGAAAGCGAUAAAAGAAAAAAUAGAGAAAGAACAAGAGCAAGAGGAAUAUGAAUAUAUUUCGUAUUAUUUUGCUUGUGGAAGAAAAGUCAAUCGGGAAUUCAAUUUCCGAGGCAUAAAAAUAAUGUAUUUUCCAGGUAUCUCGUUGUCGAUUGAUCAUUAGUGGCUGUUUUAUAAAAUAAAUAAAGAGAUUGAAAGAAAACAAUGACGUGAAAAAUAGUCGAACGAUACAAAGGAUACGUCCCCCGGUCUGUUUUAAAUAAAAAUGAACGCAAUAGGUAAAUUCGUAUUGAAAAACGACAAGAAUAGAACGUUUAUUCCGCGUCUAGUCGCAACACAGUGCGUAUUUAGUUUCUCGGUUUUUGAAGACUUUGAAAAAAAUGAUAAAAAUUGAUAAAUUAUCGAUAUUUUCAUGAAAUCUCGACGGCAAUGUGUACAAUCGAUCUAAUUGACAGCCUCUCAUAAUGGUAUUUUUACAUAAAAAAUAAAUAAAUGAAAAAUUAUUACGAAGGAUGUACAUUAAAGCUCCGAGAUAUUUGGAUUCUCCGUGGACGCAUUCGAUCGAUCAUUCGUGCGUCCAGGGUCAAAACGAUAUCCUGAGAACAAUUUAUUUAUUGAUACAUAUAUUUUUUCCUAUGUAUAGAGAUAUGUAUAUGCAUAUACGAGCAUAUUAAAAAGAAAAAAAAAACAAGCAAUUGAGCUAGCGGAAUUUGUCUGACAAGUUAA